AUGCCACCCAAAAAGAGGACGCAAGCAAAAUCUGAUGCAGCAGCGGAUGCUCCUCCCGAGCACAUGGAGGCUUCUGAAAUCGCAACAGAUGCUCCAGCACCAGUCGAGACCGCAUUGGCUAACGACGGUAACCCUGCAGCAGUGUUUGCGCAGCUGCAGGAAGCCGUAGAGGGAGACGCAACGAAAAUUAAUAAUCACCUGGGCGCUCUGCUGAGCCUUGUGCAGGCUGCUGAAAAUACUCAAACGUCCAUUUUUCUACGAGUGCGUUUCUUAGAGUUGAUCGCCAAGCACGUGGUGCAUAUUCGGGACAACAAUGCGCUCAAAAAAAUUGUCACAUCUCUUGUUAAAAUUAUUGGCGGAGACGACAACACACCACAGCUGCUGGUGGCCGCGUUGCAGUGCUUCAGUGGACUCGGUCCCGUUUCGAUGCUCGAAAAACAGUGGGAAUACCUCUCUCGUGAAGGCGCGGAUAUUCUCAUGCAGGUUAUAAUCGACAAGGAGGCUUUUCCAGAGUCAGUACGCCAGGCCGCACGCAAGUCACUGGAUGAUCUUACCGAAAGUGCGUUCUGCCCAGUGGUGACGAAGCUCAUGCAUUGGCUCAGUGAUGAUCGUGAAGAUGAUGAUGAGGAGCAGCUUUUCAAGGAACGACACAUGGCACUUUCCGUCCUCAACCGUGUUUCGCGUAUGCAGUCGCUGAAGUCUCAGUGGACGGAGGAAGUUCAGGAGCUUGUAUAUCACCUAAUCCUACGCAUCUUCGACGUCGUGAACGUGCGUGAGUUCACGCAGCUGGCCCGCAUAGCUGCGCACCUGCCCAUCAUUGUCGCGAGGGGCGGGGGUAAUUUUGUAUUAAAGUCGUACCUGUCUAACCACAAAAUCGACAGCGAUCGUCAGCUCGAGGCGGUCGUUAUUCUCGGCCGUUUUGUGCAGAUGAGGGAUCAAAGUGAUGAGCUUGAUUUGACCCCUGCUUUGGAGGCUGUCGGCCUUCUGGCCCAUGAAAUUGACACUGUGAGCGAACGUGGGUAUUUGACUGCACGUAUGGUACUUUUGAGUGCACGACUGGCUGGCUCCGAGGCCGCUGAAAAGCUCCUUCCAUAUAUCUUUCAUAAUUUGAUGCACUUGCUGGGCGGGGACGGCACAUCGAUGCCUGAAAACAUUUCCACACUAGAAGCUAUGUUGUUUGCCAUGGUCGCGAUUGCUCGUAAAAAGCCCCGGGAAGUCCUUCAGAAAAUACACAAUGAAAAUUUUAACGCAGCUAUGAACAACCUUAUGAAAGCAGUGACAUCAUUAGAAAAUCAGGCACUUUUUUCUGUAAAGAAGUUGAUGAUGAGAGGGGAAGCCAAAGAUGCGGAUGCGGAGACUCUGGCAUGCUUGCACAACAUCUGUGUAAUUGCAGGUAGCAUUGCCUCCAAACAUUUACCCCUAAGCGAACUCAAGGAAAGUUGGUCCGAAAAGCAAAGCUUACCGGUUUUGAAGAACAUAAAAGCGGUGGGGGGCAGCACUGCUCCGCUUCCACCACCACCCGGAACCGCUGCGUCGGCAUCUGGCUUUCGAAAACCGCGCAAUGGUCUCCAAAAGCGUCAGCGUGUGCAAAUGGGUCGCAGCACAUCAAACGGGGGAAGGAUACACUCUCGUCGAUAG